CCCCGUUAAUAACACAAAUCAAACCAAACAGUCACAAGACUCACAACCGCUUCAUCGAUACCGUUAAUUAUGUUAGUUUCUCCAUCUUCCUCUUACUUUGCGUCUUUAACAACAACAACGUAAAUUCAAAUCCCUAAAUCCCCAAAUUCAAUCACACUUUCCCCAAUUGUAUUCCCUAGUUCUGUAAUUAAAAUCAAAGUCAUAUUCAACCUACGAAUUUUGGAUGAAAUUAUGAGCCAUUUGAGAUCCAUUUGCAGAACAAAUGCUGUCUACUCUUCCUUUGUAUGUUGCUGUAGAGCUCGCGUUCGGUAUUUGAGCUCAGAAUCAUCUAGAGUUCCUUUUUCAAAACCUAAUUUGAGCUCGUUUCCUUCUCUUUCCUCCGAUUCGCCGGAGUUGGUUCGGGGAGAGCCGUGGUUACGGUUGAAUCAUCGGAGAUAUGUUACUCGCGCUUCUAAUUGGACCGGCGAGAAAUCCCCCUAUGACGUUCUAGAACUAGAGAGAGACGCGGAUGAAGAGAAAGUAAAAGUGGCUUACAGGCGCUUGGCCAAGUUUUAUCAUCCUGAUGUCUAUGAUGGUAGAGGCAAUCUCGAGGAAGGUGAAACAGCUGAAACCCGAUUUAUUAAAAUCCAAGCAGCUUAUGAGCUGCUUGUUGAUGGGGACAGGAGGAGAAAAUAUGACGUGGAAAACCGGGUGAACCCAAUGAAGGCUUCUCAAGCAUGGAUGGAGUGGCUCAUAAAGAAGCGAAAAGCAUUCGACCAGCGCGGUGGAAUGGCAAUUGCAGCAUGGGCUGAGCAGCAGCAGCGUGAAAUAAACUUGAGAGCACGACAACGUACUCGAUCAAAGGUUGAUCCUGAAGAAGAGAAAAGGAUUCUAGCAAAGGAAAAGAAGGCAUCUGUAGAGAACUUCCAGACCACACUUAGGAGGCAUACACUUGUGUUAAAGAAGAGGGACUUAAUGCGUCGAAAGAAAGCUGAGGAGGAAAAGGAUAAAGAGAUUCGCCGUCUGUUAGCCUUAGAGGGAUUUGAAUUGGAAAGUGAAGAUGAGUAGCUUUGCUGCAUGUUUGGAUUCAGUUUAUUCUUAUAGGUAUUCAACUUUAAUGUAUACAUUCUCAUUUAUUGAUAGUGUUGUACAAAAAUGUAUAACUGUAUAUACAUGCUGGAGACGACAAACAGAGUAUUUAUGAAAGAAAAGGAGGACAUCUGUUUUCCCUCUGCUUCAUGUUGAGCAGAUUCA